AUGAUUAUACCUGUACGUUGUUUCACUUGUGGAAAAGUAAUCGGUAAUAAAUGGGAAGCGUAUCUUGGCUUGUUACAAGCCGAAUACACAGAAGGGUAAGUAUAUAUACAAGUAUAUCAUAUUGAACUGUGAAAAUAAAUGAAAUAGAAAGUAGAUAAGAUAUUAAAUAUAAUACAUAUAAUGUAAUUUAUAUACUAUUUGUUAAUAAUGUAAUAUAAUGUAAUUUAUAUACUACUUGUUAACAUUAACAAGGGAUCUAACCUUAAUUGUAUAGAGAUUAUAAUUCCUAUGUCAAUUUUCAAUUCAUUUUAAAUUUUGCGAAUAUAUAUUAAAGUAAUAAAAUAAUAUAACAAAAAUAAUGUAAUAAUUAUUCCUAUAAAUAUUAUUUAUAAAAUAAAAUAUUUAAAUGUUGUAUUUGAUUAUUAUAUUUAAAUUAUUAUUCAAAUAUUAUCGAUAUUACUAAUAUUGCAAUUACUAAUGUAUAACUAUAACAUGUGUAUGUUACAGAGAUGCUCUUGAUGCAUUGGGAUUAAAACGAUAUUGUUGUCGCAGAAUGCUUCUUGGACAUGUAGACUUAAUUGAAAAGCUUUUAAAUUACGCACCAUUAGAAAAAUAA